CCCGGGCGGGGCGGGCCGAGCGGCGGCGCGGCGCGGCGAGAACGGCGAGAAGGGCGCGGGGGGCGGCGCGGCCGCCAAGGCCCCCAAGGCCGCCAGUGCCUCCUGUGAAUAUUCUCCUGGGGACAUGGUGUGGGCCAAGAUGGAAGGCUAUCCCUGGUGGCCAUGUCUCAUUUACAACCACCCCACUGAAGGGACAAUAGUCAGAGGAAAAGGAAAAUCCACUCGUGUGCACGUGCAGUUCUUUGAUGACAGCCCUACGAGGGGCUGGAUCAGUGUUAAGUACCUGAAGCCAUAUAAAGGUUCAUCAGACAAGGAGACGAUGAAGGGAGGUAUGUUUUACAGCACAAAGCCUGAAAUUAAGAGAGCCAUGGUGCUGGCAGACGAUGCCAUGAGCAAAGAUAAAACCAAGAGGCUUGAACUGGCAGUAUGCAAUGAGCCUUCAGACACAGAGGAGGAAGAGGAAGAAGUGGAGGAGAUGAGUGAAAAUGCAUCAGGCAACAGUGAAGACUGCAACAGUGAGGAGGAUGUGAAAAGCAAUAAGCGGGUGAUAAGCAGGGAAAGAGCUGUAAAAGCCAAGAGAAGGAGAGUGUUGGAUUCUGACAGUGACCACGAUGGCUCUGAUGUGGAGUUCAAGCCUGAUGGGAAAGAAGCAGCCAGCAGUGAGGAAGCCAGUAGUGGAGUGGAUGAAAAUGAGUCUUCUGACACAGAGACAGAGGCAGAGAGUGUUGCAGAGAGCCCUGUAAAAGUCCCUUCUAAACGCAAGAGGAGAGAGGUGAAAAAGCCUGCUAAGAGGAGUAGCCUGGGAAAUGACUGUUCUGAAACACCCAAAAGAGCAGCAGCAGUCUCUUCAGAUGCCAAGUCUAAGCUGACAUCCUUUGCAGCACCUGAAAGUUUUGAAUCUCAAGCAAAUGCUUGCAGCGGCGGCGCUGGCGGCUUCUCGGCGUGGGAGCACGAGAAGCUGGAGUGGCUGCAGGAGGGGAAGAGGAGGGAUGCGCACAGGCGGCGUCAGGGUGACCCUGACUACGACCCCUGCACUCUGCACGUGCCCGAGGAUUACCUCAAUAAGUGCACGCCGGGCGUGCGCAGGUGGUGGCAGCUCAAGAGCCAGAACUUCGACGCCGUGAUUUGCUACAAGGUGGGGAAGUUCUACGAGCUGUACCACAUGGACGCGGUCACCGGCGUCAACGAGCUGGGCCUCAUCUUCAUGAAGGGCACCUGGGCGCACUCGGGCUUUCCGGAGACCGCGUUCGGCCGCUUCUCCGACGUGCUGGUGCAGAAGGGCUACAAGGUGGCGCGCGUGGAGCAGACGGAAACGCCCGAAAUGAUGGAGGCGCGCUGCAGGGCCGCGGGCCACUCCAGCAGGUCUGACAAGGUGGUGCGGCGGGAGAUCUGCAGGAUCAUCACCAAGGGGACGCAGACCUACAGCGUCAUGGACUGCGACCCCUCCGAGAACCACAGCCGGUUCCUGCUGAGCGUGAAGGAGAACGAGGACGCGGCCGGGACGCGCCUCUACGGCGUCUGCUUCGUCGACACCUCCAUGGGGAAGUUCCACGUCGGGCAGUUCCCUGACGACCGCCACUGCUCCAGGUUCAGGACUUUGGUAGCUCACUACACCCCUGUGCAGGUGCUGUUUGAGAAGGGCAACCUGUCUGUGGACACACAGAAGAUACUGAAGGGCUCGCUGGUUUCUUGCAUUCAGGAAGGGCUGACCUCGGGUUCCCAGUUCUGGAAUGCGUCUAAAACACUAAAAGUCCUUCUUGAAGAAGGAUAUUUCAAGGAGAAGCAGAAUUCUGAAAAUGGAUGUUCUCUGCCCUCUGUAAUCAAAUCUCUGACUUCAGAGAGUGACUCCCUGGGAUUAACUCCUGGUGAAAACAGUGAGUUAGCUUUGUCAGCUCUUGGGGGAUGUGUCUUCUAUCUCAAAAAAUGUCUGAUCGAUCAGGAGCUGUUAUCACAGGCAAACUUUGAGGAAUAUGUCCCUGUGGAUAUUGCUACUGCAAAAACCACGAGUUCAAGUAGUUUGUUUGGCAGAACUGGCCAGCGGAUGGUGCUGGAUGGAGUCACCCUGAUGAACUUGGAAGUCCUGCAGAAUGGAACCAAUGGAAGCACUGAAGGUACUUUGUUGGAAAGGAUUGAUUCUUGCUGUACACCAUUUGGGAAGCGACUCCUGAAACAGUGGCUCUGCGCUCCUCUCUGUAAUCCUAAAUCCAUCAAUGAUCGUUUGGAUGCUGUCGAGGACCUCCUGGCAGUGCCAGAUAAAAUGUCUGAAGUCACUGAGUACCUCAAGAAACUGCCUGACCUUGAGAGGCUGCUCAGCAAAAUUCACAGCAUUGGGUCACCACUCAAAAGUCAGAACCAUCCUGACAGCAGGGCCAUCUUCUAUGAAGAACUCAAGUACAGCAAGAAAAAAAUCGCUGACUUUCUGUCUACCCUGGAGGGCUUCAAAAUAAUGAAUGAAAUUGUCGAGUUCAUGGAGGAGUUCGCCGGCGACUUCAAAUCCAGAGUCCUGAGGCAGCUGGUCACCCGCAAAGCCCAAAAUCCCGAUGGCCGCUUCCCAGACCUGAGCGCAGAGCUCACCAGGUGGGACACGGCCUUUGAUCACAACCAGGCUCGGAAGACAGGAGUGAUCACCCCCAAGCUGGGCUUUGACCCCGAUUACGACGGAGCGCUGGAGGAUAUCAGAGCUCUCGAGGAGGACCUGCGCAAGUACCUGGAUAAGCAGCGCAAGCUGCUCGGGUCCAAGUCCGUGCAGUACUGGGGGACGGGCAAGAACCGGUACCAGAUGGAGAUCCCAGAAAGUGUCAUCUCCCGAAGCCUGCCCGAGGAGUACGAGCUGAGGUCCAGCAGGAAGGGCUACAAGCGCUACUGGACCAAGGAGAUCGAGAGGAUGCUGGCCGCCAUGGUGAACGCCGAGGAGCGCCGCGACGCCGCCCUCAAGGACUGCAUGAGGCGCCUCUUCUACAACUUCGACAAGAACAGCAAGGACUGGCAGACAGCUGUGGAGUGCAUUGCUGUGCUGGAUGUCUUGAUGUCCCUUGCUCACUACAGUCAAGGUGGUGAUGGACCUCUGUGCCGACCUGUAAUCCUGCUGCCUACGGAUAAUGCUCCUCCCUUUCUGGAACUUAGAAAUUCCCGCCAUCCUUGCAUCACAAAAACUUUCUUUGGGGAUGAUUUUAUUCCCAAUGACAUCGUGAUAGGCAUCAAGGAUGAAGGCAGCAGCAGUGAGGCCUCCUGUGUGCUGGUAACUGGCCCCAACAUGGGUGGCAAAUCUACGCUCAUGAGACAGGCUGGCCUCCUGGUGGUCAUGGCCCAGCUGGGGUGCUACGUGCCCGCGGAGUCCUGCAGGCUCACGCCCAUCGACCGCGUGUUCACGCGCCUCGGCGCCUCCGACAGGAUCAUGGCCGGUGAAAGUACCUUCUUUGUUGAAUUGAGUGAGACUUCCAGCAUUCUGCAGCAUGCAACAGAGCAUUCCCUUGUUCUCGUGGAUGAGCUGGGCAGAGGCACGGCCACGUUUGACGGCACGGCCAUAGCGAGCGCGGUGGUGGAGGAGCUGGCGCAGAGGAUCCGCUGCCGGACGCUCUUCUCCACUCACUACCACUCCCUGGUGGAGGACCAUGCCCACAGCCGGGCCGUGCGCCUGGGACACAUGGCAUGCAUGGUUGAAAAUGAGAGUGAGGAUCCAAGCCAGGAAACAAUUACGUUCCUGUACAAGUUCAUUGAAGGAGCCUGCCCAAAGAGCUAUGGCUUCAAUGCAGCAAGACUUGCAGAUAUUCCAGAGGAAGUCAUUCAGAAGGGGCACAGAAAAGCCAAAGAGUUUGAAAAAGCAACCAUCUCACUGAGAAUAUUUAGGUACCUGUGCCAGGUGGUGGAUGGAGCAACCUGUGACGCAAACGCGGUUCGGAAACUCACGGCGAUGAUCGACCGGCUUUAGGAACUCGCACGGGUUUCUCAAGAAGGUGGGAGCAGACAACAUUAUGAUCUAAUAAACUUUAUUUUUUAAAAAUGACCAUUUUUCCAUUGUCUUUCCUAGGAAAUUAAACCCUUUAAUUCAUACCUACCCUCUACAUAAUGGUUAUUGAGUACUCCACAAUAUAUUAAGUCUAGAUGUUAUGGUACAUGCAUACACUUUCAGGCUGUUGAUUACCCACUGUCACCAAUACACAUAAAUGGAAAAAAGCUAUGAAACUGUAUAGGGCUGUAUAUAUACUUGUCUCAGCUUCAUUAGAGCAGGAAAUUGCUGUGAUUUCCAGCAGGUUAUGUAAGUAAUGUCCAGACUGUUCAAAAAAAACUAUGAACAGAGUAAAGUACAAGACUGUUUUGAGGAGACUUUCUACUGUGUACUUUAAAACAUAGUAAAAUUUCUUUCACAAAACUUAGUUACAUGGGUACUUUGUUUUAUAGUGCAUUAUAGUCUAGGAAGUCUCAUUAAAACACUCGCUUUUCUUUCUUUUGUUAGGGUGGUUUGAGUACAGACUAUUGCUGGGGCAGGGGAGGAGAUUAUUCUAACUUCAGAGGACACCAGAAAAAUUGCUGGAUAUAAUUUAAGAUUAGUGUUUUCUCUUUCAUAGAAAGAACGUACAUACUGGGACAUGAGUACAGUUACAGCAAGUCUAGGUGUGCUAACAAAACAGGACACAUUCAAGUACAAUAAGUUUUUUUGCUUGAAAUUAGAAACAAACUACAUGAGAUUAAAGCAUUAAAAUCAUAUUUCUCAAUCUGAAUAAAUGUUAAAAAAUCAAAAGAAAUGCAGAAGUGCUAGCUCACAUUUUUACCAUGUUACAAAAGCGAUUGGUACCCAUGUCCAUAAAGGCAGCAACAAAGAAUGCUGCUUGUCUACAGAAUAGUACUACUGCAAAUUGGACUGCGUUUCAAUGCUACUUGUAAAAACACCAGCUCUCAGAAGUUGGUAUCUGUACAAAAUUGCAGCUUAUUUUUCUUCACUUCUGUCCCUUCAAAGUCUUUGUUUACACAGUAAUGCUAAAACGCCCAGUUCUGUUAUCCUGAGUCAACAUAUUGCCACUUUCUUUUUUGGUAGGUUGAGCUCCAUAGUGUCAACACCUCACACAUCCGCUUUAAUACAGUCUCUUUCUGCAGAAAUGGGCAAGUGUAACUUCCUCCAAAAAAAAAGUUUUAAUAGUUAUGAUAUUAGAAUGGCAGGACUUUCUUUCUGAAAA